AUGGGCGAGUACUCAAAAGCACUUUCAUCGUACGAAAGAUCACUUGAUAUCGGAAAAAUAGCUCUCCCUCCGAAUCAUCCCAACUUAGCUACUUACUACAACAACAUCGGAGGGGUGUAUUAUAACAUGGGCGAGUACUCGAAAUCACUUUCAUCAUACGAAAGAUCACUUGAAAUCCUCAAAGUAGCUCUCCCUCCGAAUCAUCCCUUAUUGGCUACUUCCUACAACAACAUCGCUUCAGAGUACGAUAACAUGGGCGAGUACUCGAAAGCACUUUCAUCGUACGAAAGAUCACUUGAAAUCUUCAAAAUAGCUCUACCUCCGAAUCAUCCCGACUUAGCUACUUCCUACAACAACAUCGGAAGGGUGUAUGAUAACAUGGGCGAGUACUCGAAAGCACUUUCAUCAUACGAAAGAUCACUUGAAAUCCGAAAAAUAGCUUUCCCUCCGAAUCAUCCCGACUUGGCUACUUCCUACAACAACAUCGCUAUGGUGUAUUCUCACAUGGGCAAGUACUCGAACGCACUUUCAUCGCUAGAAAGAUCACUUGAAAUCCGAAAAAUAGCUCUCCCUCCGAAUCAUCCCUUAUUGGCUACUUCCUACAACAACAUCGCUAUGGUGUAUGAUAACAUGGGCCAGUACUCGAAAGCACUUUCAUCAUACGAAAGAUCACUUGAAAUCUUCAAAAUAGCUCUUCCUCCGAAUCAUCCCAACUUAGCUAUUUCCUACAACAACAUUGGUAUGGCGUAUUCUCACAUGGGCGAGUACUCGAAAGCACUUUCAUCGUACGAAAGAUCACUUGAAACCUUCAAAAUAGCUCUCCCUCCAAAUCAUUCCUCCUUGGCUAUUUCCUACAACAACAUCGCUUCAGUGUAUUAUCACAUGGGCGAGUACUCGAAAGCACUUUCAUCGUUAGAAAGAUCACUUGAAAUCUCCAAAAUAGCUCUCCCUCCGAAUCAUCCCGACUUGGCUACUUCUUACAACAACAUCGCUAUGGUGUAUUCUCACAUAGGCGAGUACUCGAAAGCACUUUCAUCGCUAGAAAGAUCACUUGAAAUUCGAAAAAUAGCUCUCCCUCCGAGUCAUUCCUUCUUGGCUACUUCUUAUAACAACAUCGGAGGGGUGUAUGAUAACAUGGGCGAGUACUCGAAAGCACUUUCAUCGUACGAAAGAUCACUUGAAAUCCUCAAAAUAGCUCUCCCUCCGAAUCAUCCCUUCUUGGCUAUUUCCUACAACAACAUCGCUAUGGUGUAUGAUAACAUGGGCGAGUACUCAAAAGCACUUUCAUCGUACGAAAGAUCACUUGAAAUCCGAAAAAUGGCUCUCCCUUCGAAUCAUCCCGACUUGACUACUUCCUACAACAACAUCGCUUUGGUGUAUGAUAAGAUGGGCGAGUACUCGAAAGCACUUUCAUCGUACGAAAGAUCACUUGAAAUCCUCAAAAUAGCUCUCCCUCCGAAUCAUCUCUCCUUGGCUAGUUCCUACAACAACGUCGCUAUGGUGUAUUCUCACAUGGGUGAGUACUCGAAAGCACUUUCAUCGCUAGAAAGAUCACUUGAUAUCGGAAAAAUAGCUCUCCCUCCGAAUCAUCCCAACUUAGCUACUUACUACAACAACAUCGGAGGGGUGUAUUAUAACAUGGGCGAGUACUCGAAAUCACUUUCAUCAUACGAAAGAUCACUUGAAAUCCGAAAAAUAGCUCUCCCUCCGAAUCAUCCCUCCUUGGGUACUUCUUACAACAACGUCGCUAUGUUGUAUUCUCACAUGGGCGAGUACCCGAAAUCACUUUCAUCAUACGAAAGAUCACUUGAAAUCCAAAAAAUAGUUCUCCCUCCGAAUCAUCCCGACUUAGCUACUUCCUACAACAACAUCGCUAUGGUGUAUUCUCACAUGGGCGAGUACUCCAAAGCACUUUCAUCGUUAGAAAGAUCACUUGAAAUCGACAAAAUAGCUCUCCCUCCGAACCAUCCCAACUUGGCUACUUCCUACAAUAACAUCGGUAUGGCGUAUUCUCACAUGGGCGAGUACUCCAAAGCACUUUCAUCGUACGAAAGAUUACUUGAAAUCGACAAAGUAGUUCUCCCUCCGAACGAUCCCGACUUGGCUACUUCCUACAAUAACAUCGGUAUGGUGUAUUCUCACAUGGGCGCGUACUCCAAAGCACUUUCAUCGUACGAAAGAUCACUUGAAAUCCUCAAAGUAGCUCUCCCUCCGAAUCAUCCCUUCUUGGCUAUUUCCUACAACAACAUCGGAGGGGUGUAUGAUAACAUGGGCGAGUACUCAAAAGCACUUUCAUCAUACGAAAGAUCACUUGAAAUCCGAAAAAUAGCUCUCCCUCCGAAUCAUCCCGACUUGGCUACUUCCUACAACAACUUCGGUAUGGUGUAUGAUAAGAUGGGCGAAUAUUCGAAAGCACUUUUGUCGUACGAAAGAUCACUUGAGAUUAUGAGAAAGUCGGUGCCUUCUACUCAUCCUCAAAUGUUACUUGUGAAAAGAAACAUUGAAAAUUUAGAAAACAGAUUUUAG